UAGUCCGGCUGCUGGGCGCGGGAGCGGUCUUUUCGGCGCGGCGGAAGAGAAAACUGGGUAAGGCAGAGAAGUGAUGGCUCAAUCAGAAGUGAAUUCUGUUGUCUGUGUGGCAUCGGAUAGAGCUGGAGAUACUGGAAACCAAAGUGAUGACUCGUCUGAUGGCAGCUUAUUUAAAACACAGUGUGCUCCUUCACCUACACAAAAGCGAAGGCAUCCUACCGUGAAAUGUGUUACCUCACCUACAGAUUCGUCAAGUGACUCUUCUCUAGAACCAAGGCCCCUGACUUUAAAGGCUAUUUUUGAAAGAUUUAAGAAAAAGAAACGGAAAAAGAGGAAAAAGAGAAAAUAUGAGCUAAAAAGACCACGAGGAAGACCAAGAGGAAUACCAUCUGGACCGAGGAACACUAGAAGGUCACAAAUAGAUGCAAAACAAAUUAAAGACAAAGGAGCUGUGUUUCCAUUCUUAGAAUCUGAAAGUGGAAGAAAACCUUUACCUUGGAAGAAAAUUUUAACAUAUGAGCAAGCAGUUGCAAGAGGAUUUUUUCACCACAUUGAAAAACUCAAGUAUGAACACUACCUUAAGGAAUGCUUGAAGCAAAUGCACGCUGGGGAAGAUUUAGAAAAGGAAGACCUUGACAGUCGUAGGCACAAAUACAUGGAUGAUGAUGGUUCACUUUCUCCUAUUGAAGAGCCAUUAACUGAAGAUGAAGCAACAAAUCCUCAGUCUGAAUGUGAUAUCAAGUUGGUUGAAGAUAGUUGCUUCAUAAUAAGUUCAGACUUCUCAAGGAAGAGAAACUUGGAACAAGAGAAGAUUAAGAAAGAAUCUACAUUCUCUAAAAAAGCCAAAACCAAAGAUGCCGCACACAUUCAGAAAGGGCACGGAAGGACCUGGAAAGGAGAUGAACAUGUGACUAUCAAAGAAGGCUUGUCUUGAUUAUGAAGUCAGAAUUGGAAGAUACCCAUGAAUGGAUGUUUGUUUCAGUGUUGUAAGUAGCAUGUAAAUUUACAUCUUUAGAGUUACAUUAACUUUCAGUGAUGCUAAUUCUAUGAAAGUUUUAGUGUUCCAACCUUCAGUAAAUCCUAGAACGUUAGAAUCAAUAAUUUAAACUGAAAUAGGUAUGUUUAGCCGAAGAACGCAAAAAUAAGGUCUUACACUCAAUUUACAAUAUUAUAAACUUUUCUCAAGCAUGGUUUAUAAAUUACAGCAGACACCUUAAAGAAUCAGACUGUCCCUUUAUUUAGUUUUAUCUGCCUAUAUAUGCUGGUACUUAAACUUUAUCUUCUCUGCCCGAUGUAAUUGUCUCUGAGCCUUACUGCCCAUCUGCUAUUGAAGGCCUAGCCCUGGAAGCUUAUAAUCUGGUGUAGGCUUAGACUGUUUUCAGUCUUUGAGACUUUGCUGAAAAAAGUUCACCCUUGUUACUGAACUUUUGUCUGAUUUAAAUCAGCUGUUCUGACUCAUACUCCUCCAAGCUGACUGAUUCAUUCUGACUUCUGCCUCAAACUACCUCGAAGUCUGUUCUGAUCUGGGCUCCUCACUCUGAGCUAAGAGUGUAUUCACUUGUGUGUCUAGCCUGUUCUCUCUUAACCUGUCUUUGUAAAGUUGUAGUAAAAAUUGCCUAUUGCCCUCUUAAGUUGCUUCUCUUUCCUCCUGACAUUUGGGCAUUUUAAAUCUUUGUCUGCUACUCAAUUAAGCAUCACUUUCAUACAUAGGUGCUUUAAUCUUCAUUGUUUAGGAUUAAAGUUAUGUGCAUGUCUAUAUUCCAGCCAGCACAACCAUGUUGCUGGGUUAAAAAUCCUACAGUAAAAGCAAGCUUGAGAGUUCAGUUCAGCACUAUAAGAAUGUAGGCUUGAGCUAGGCAAAUAUUCUGAGAUUAUUAUGUGAUUUCCUUUCCUAUUCAUAGAUACCCAUAUAAAAGAUGGCUGGAGAGCUUCACAGUUGUUAAAGUUGUUGCUCUUGAGGUCUAUCCCGAUGGGGCUUCCCUAGUAGCCAGACGUCGUUGGAAACGCCUCAUAUAGUAACUUGUGGUUUUACUUGACUCACAGGACUGACUGUUAGGUCUGUGGGAAGGAACUACAAGACAGCUAACAGUAUAAAACUGAUGUGUCAAUUUUUGUAUUUUGUUUUUUUAACUUUAGGCACUGGCAUUUCCUUCAUAAAGAUUUAAGAGUUCUGAGUGUUAGGUAAGUUUUAGUGACAAUAAUAAUGAGAAAAUAGUUACAGUUCAGAUGAUGAAUUAAACUGUUCAACUGCUGAAUGAUCCAAACAUGAACUAAAAUUUAAUUCUGACAGAACUAGCUACAGCUCUUAAAUCAUAGUAAACUUGGCAGUUUUUAUAACUGAAAUGAUAUCCUUUUUAAAAUUCAU